AUGAAGAGGUUAAGGUUGGAAAAAUGGUCCGGGCACCUGCUCACAGCUCGCCCGGGGGCUGCAUCAAGAUGCCUCUCGUCACAGUCUCGAGCACAAAUCUCUAGACCCCAGCAGCUCGCCUCUUCACCAAGAUGCCAAUCGACAGCAGCGGCAAGAGAUGUUGAGGCUGAGAUCAGGCAGGGGCAACUCGAGCCAAGCGAGCCCAUAUCCACCGACCAAUUCUCCACGAGUGCGACGGCUGAUCCGCCGCUGUGGCCUUCAAUAUCCAACCAAGAACCCAUAGGGCCGGUGCCCUCUCCGCUACCCCGGGAUGCCCUCAAAUCCGCCAAGCUGGCCGCUCUGCAUGCUCGGCUGUCCCUUUCCGACAGGAUUCCCGUCCAGACUCUCGCGCGCACACUCGUCGACGCCUCCGCCGACCCAGCGCCGCUGUUCAACAACUCCAACCUCGCCUUCCUGGGCCAAACGCUCAUCAGCUACCAUACCUCCGAGCUUCUCAUGUGCCGUUUCCCGAGACUACCUAUGCAGAUCCUACAUGCAGCAAUGAAGACAUACAGUGGCGACAAGACCCUCUACCAUGUCGCACGGUCUUGGGGUAUCGAGAGCGCCGCCGCGCCGGGCAGUGAGGUCGACCCGGGCUUGUUGCAAUUCUCGCUUGACAAGGAGCGGACAUCCAAUACCAAGUGGGGCUUUGCGAGAGCCGAGACUGUCUGGGGCCCAACGAAGGGCCAAAGGUUCCGAAGGGGUAUCUCGAGCAGGGUGGUCCUGGACGACGACUUUGGUGACAUGGUUGUUGACCUGAGAAACGCGGAGCCAGAGCUGGAGACCGAGGCUGAGACGAGCGAGGAAGCCGAAAUCGACCUUCCGGUGGAGCGACAAUUGACCUUGGGCGAUCCAAACGAGAAAAUGAACAAGGCGUAUAACAUCCACGCGACAUUCGUGCGCGCCGUUGUGGGGGCAAUCUAUACGCACUGCGGAAGAGAGACUGCGCGGUCAUUCAUCAAGGCGCACAUACUCUCACGGCAUUUCGAUCUGCAGCAGCUAUUCUCCUUCCGACAUCCCACAAGAGAACUAUCCCGCCUCUGCGCCAGGGAGGAGUUCGACCCGCCGGUGGCAAGACUGUUGUCCGAAACCGGACGGCUGUCCAGGACACCGGUGUUUGUGGUCGGCAUUUUCAGCGGGAACGACAAGCUGGGAGAGGGGGCAGCGGCAUCCCUGGAUCAUGCCCGCCUCAAGGCUGCGAUGAACGCCCUCAAGGCGUGGUAUCUCUACAGCCCUGGCGAGGACGUGCGGGUGCCGAGUGAUAUGCUGGUGGAUGGGGCCAAGCCAUGGGAGCCGGUAUAUGUCGACGUCGGCGAAGUGGUAUGA